AUGGUGCCUUCACCCCCGGGGAAAUACACAAAGCUUGAGCAGCUGGAGUCGGAUCUGGAUGCAGAGGAUAACCAAAACAAGCCGCUAGUGGGCCUGGAAAACGCCGAAUCUUCUCUGGUGACAGAAUACGAGGAUGCCGGUUCGCCCCCAGGUUCGCCUAUAUUCGUGCAAGAUGCAGCGGAAGGCAGUUCGGCAAAUCUAAGAGAACCUGAAACAGAGCCCUCCCGGUCGUCCGAUUUGGAGGAGCAGCGGCUGCCGGACCACGUCCGCUUGUCUCCAUCGCAGAGGUUCAAGAAUGUCUUACACUACAUGUUUCCCGUCAAGCAGACAUACCAGAGACUCAAUAACGGUUUGACCACCGGACGCCUUCAGGCCAACGUGCCGGGUCGCUUUGUCGGCCAGGGAACCGACGGUGUGUUCAGAAACCUCAUGGCCAAGCCUGAUACCCAGGCGGAGCUCAACACUCAAGAACAGCACCCACCCACAUACGACGAGGCUGCUGCAGACAGCACGCCCGAAUACUGGGAAACCACGAUGAUCAGCCCCAUGUACGAAAACGAAGUGUUUGUCCAGGGCUUGCCGGUGGGCAACUUGGCCAACUUCGUAUGGAACGCCCUUGUCACUGUGGCUUUCCAGCUCGUGGGCUUCAUUCUUUGCUACCUCCUCCACACGUCGCACGCUGCCAAGCAGGGCACCAGAGCCGGCUUGGGCCUCAUGAUCCUUAUGUUUGGCUGGGACAGAAUUCCCUCCAACUUUGGCCGCGCCGACCAGAUCCCGGUCCGCUACGAGCCUGAAGACCCUAAUAUGAUAGAUAUCACAAAGUCGCUGUCGAUCAAGGCCGGCAGCAAAGUGGACGAGUUCCACCUGUCGCUUUUCAACAAGCUGGACUUUGCCAAGUUGGAGAACACCAAGACGCCCUACUUUGCAUACGGGCUCAUAGCAUUCGGCAUUUUCAUCAUGCUCAAGGCGCUGUUUGACUACUUCAAAGUAAAGCAGAAAGAGAGACGCAUCUUGGCUCCACAGGGUCUGUCGGAGGUCAACACCACAACCGAACCAGCGAAUUCCCAGGAGGAGUGA